UUUUUUUUUCUUCUUCGUCUUUGUUUUUGAUCUUCUGCUACAGCACAUUUUUCAAAUCAUGAGCGACACAUCAAUAACCACUGCUUUACAAGAUAUGUCGAUGGUGAAGUCUUCAAAUUCAUGUUUGAAAAAAGACAUCAACAACACUAACAUGAACUGCAAUAACAAUAGUACUCUUGAUUUUAAGCAACUCUGUCCAACAACUUCUAAUCCUGAUAAUGGAUCAACAACAACAACAGCAGCAGCGACAACUUCACAAGACAUCUUGCCCUCCUCGUCUGUUCCCAUUCACUCUGGGGACACAUGUAGUGCUUCUACCGAAAAACAGAACGACCCAUCAUCACUAUCGCCACCAUUCACAGAAAAAGAUUCUACUGUGAUUGCGGCCGCAACGACAACAGUACCUACUACAACUCCCCUUUCUGAUUCUGAUUCUGAUUCUACUUCUACUUCUGAUUCUACUUCUGCUUCUACUACUGUCCCUAUUUCUACUUCAACAUCUCUCGCAACAACACCAACGACACCAACGACACCAACAACACCCACUCCAACCGCAGGCACUCUCUCAAUCUUACCACCCCUCAUCAUCACUCAAUCCACUAUUCGUCUUGACAUCGCCUUCGACACCACCUGCCCCUGGUGUUUUGUUGCCAAACGUCGAAUCUCUCGAGCGAUCCGACUCUUUCAUUCUCUUUCCCCUGAAGCCUCCAAAGUUCGUUUCCAAAUCCAUUGGCAUCCCUACCAAUUGGAUCCUCAAGCACCUCAAUCCCCCAUCAUGAAAGCAAGAUUGUACACUCGAAAACACGGCCCUGAUCGUGCAGAUUUGAUCAAAAAUCGGGUCGGGAACGCGGCAAAAAGAGAAGGAAUAGAGUUUAUGAAUGCGGAAGAGAUUUUAUACUGCAACACGUUGAAUUCUCACCGGUUGAUCUAUUAUGCAAGAGAGCGAAUCGGGAAACAAUGGCUAAUGCAACUGAUUUCAUCCUCAGCAUCGUCACAAUCAUUAACAUCAGCAUCAGCAUCAGCAUCGUCAGUUCGUAACACCAUUCUUGAGGAGUCAUUCGCAAGAAUAAAACCACUACAAGAAAAUAAUAACUAUAACACCAGCAAUAACAACAAUAACAUCACUAAUGAUUGUAACAACAACAAUGGUGGCGACGAAGAAGAGAGAGAGGAGGAAGAGGAGGAAGAGGAAGAGGAGAGAAGGAAGGAAUUGCAGGAUAUGAUGGAUGAACUUGGAGCUCUAACUGAGGGUGCAAUGGUGGAAGAACUGUUUCAAAGUCAUUUUGAACGCGGAGAGUGUGGUGACUUGCCUACGCUCUCCAUAAUUGCUCGAAAGAUCCUAUGCGCAGUCGUUGCAGAUCAACAAACCAAAGGCCGAUUGGACUCCAGCAAUGAUUACAAAGUGGAAAUCGAACAGGAACUUGACAGCAUCUCCGCUUAUCUCGCUUCAGAUGAAAAUUUACAAGAAAUUAAGAAUCAAAUCAAAGUCGCUAAGCAUGAGCUGGGCAUUCAAGGUGUACCUACCACUAUCGUUCAGAACACGUACCUCUUGUCUGGAGGCCAAGAUCCUUUGACGUUUGUAGAGAUUUUCAAGCGCGUUGUAUAGCAAUCAAGACCAGUAGUAUGGUACAAAUAAACUCUAUCUGAUGGAUGAUGACCCAUGAUUGGCAUUAAAUACAACUUACAGAUAAUAAUAAAAGGUUCAUCACCAU